AGAACUGACUUAUACUGGCAGGAAGCUGUAACUCCUACAGCUUUCUGAGGAUCUGUGAAGUAAAACAGAACUGCUUACUUCUCUGCAUGUUUCAUGCAACUUUUGCAAUAUCCAUUCAUUUAUGCCUAGAAGGCCCUGAAGUUACACAGGGAUUGAGAUUGAUUGAAAGAACGGUUCAGCAUGAAUUCCUCUGUAUUGCUCCGUCUCAUGGUGAUGCUGGUUCAACUUUGGCCUUGCUCUCCCAGUGCCCAGAACACAGUCCAAUCCUUCACAGCAGCUCGAAGAGUGAGACGUGGCUGGCUGUGGGAGCCUUUUUUUGUAACUGAGGAACAGAUUUCACCGAAUCCCGUGUAUGUUGGACAGCUGAAAUCAGAUUUAGACAAGCAGGAUGGCAACUUGCAAUACAUUUUGACUGGGGAGGGAGCUGGAAGCAUUUUUUACAUCAAUGAAUACAAUGGCACAAUUUACGCAACUCAAAGGCUGGAUCGUGAGAAGAAACCUUUCUACAAUCUGAAAGCAGAAGUACUUAACAGGAGCACUCAGCUCCCUGUUGAACCUCAAUCAGAAUUUAUCAUCAGGGUUCGGGAUGUCAAUGACAAUGAACCACAGUUCUUGGAUGGACCUUAUGUGGCCACUGUUCCAGAGAUGUCACCUGAAGGUACUUCGGUUACACAGGUAACAGCUACAGAUGCUGAUGAUCCUUCUUAUGGGAAUGGUGCUCGUCUGCUUUACAGUCUCAUCCAGGGACAGCCUUAUUUCUCUGUGGAGCCAAAGACAGGGGUCAUUAGAAUGGCUUCCCAAAUGGAUAGAGAAACAAAAGAUCAGUAUCUGGUCAUCAUCCAAGCCAAAGAUAUGGUUGGGCAACCAGGAGCACUUUCUGCAACAGCCACUGUUACCAUCAACCUCUCUGACAUCAAUGACAAUCCACCUAAAUUUCAGCACCGGCUCUACUAUAUGAGUGUCUCUGAAGAGGAUCCUGUGGGCACCAUUGUAGGCAAAGUAUUUGCAGAAGACAGUGACACUGGGGUCAAUGCAGCCAUGGACUAUUUCAUUGAAGAAGACAGCUCAGAUGCUUUUAACAUCAUUACUAACAAUGAGACUCAAGAAGGAAUUAUCUUACUAAAAAAGAGAGUGGAUUAUGAGAGCAAAAGGAGACACCAUAUUGAAGUAAAAGCUGUAAACAGAUACAUUGAUGAGCGUUUUUUGAAAGAAGGUCCAUUUGAAGACACAACCAUUGUCAAAAUCAGUGUGGAAGAUGCUGAUGAACCUCCAGUUUUCACCUUGGAGAGCUAUGUGAUGGAGAUAGCUGAAGGAGCUGAGAGUGGCUCACUGGUGGGAGUGGUAACUGCUAGAGAUCCAGAUGAAGAUGACAGUCCAGUCAGGUACUCUAUUGUCCACAGCACAGUUUUAAAGAGACUGUUCAGCAUCAGUGAACACAAUGGAGCAAUCAUUACCACUGAACCUCUGGACCGAGAGAUAGCUUCUUGGCACAAUAUAACUGUUACAGCCACAGAAACAAGAAAUCCUGAAAAAAUUUCAGAAGCAAAUGUGUAUGUCCAAGUCCUCGAUGUAAAUGAUAAUGCACCAGAAUUCCCUAAGGAUUAUGAAACAUUUGUUUGUGAAAAUGCAGUUUCUGGACAGCUAAUUCAAAGCAUCAGUGCAGUGGAUCAAGAUGACUCAGGAGAAGGUCACCAUUUUAAUUUCUCAUUGGCCCAGGAGGACACAAACAGCUCACAUUUUACUGUCAAAGACAAUCAAGAUAACACAGCUGGCAUUUUCACAGGAAGAAGUGGCUUCAGAAGGCAAGAGCAGUUUUUUUUCUACUUGCCAAUCUUAAUUCAAGAUAAUGGCAUCCCACCGCUGACGAGCACAAAUACUCUCACUGUCACUGUCUGCGACUGUGACACUGAAGUUAACAUCUUAUACUGUCGAUAUGGAGCUUUCAUGUACUCCUUGGGUCUCAGCACAGAGGCUUUAGUUGCUGUUUUGGCUUGUAUAUUAAUAUUCCUGGUGUUCUUUUUGGCAAUUGUAACCAUAAGGCAGCAGCAGAAGAAGAAGCCUCCCUUUUCAGAGAAGAUGGAAGAAUUCAGAGAGAACGUUGUCAGUUAUGAUGAUGAAGGAGGGGGCGAGGAGGACACGGAAGCCUUUGAUAUUUCAGCACUGAGGACGCGCGCUGUCGUGCGGACGCACAAACCUCGGAAGAAGGUGGCCUCUGAGAUCCAGAGCCUCUACAGACAGUCUCUGCAGGUUGGCCCAGACAGUGCAAUCUUCAGGCAAUUCAUUUCAGAAAAGCUGGAAGAAGCAAACACAGAUCCUAGCGUUCCUCCCUAUGACUCACUCCAGACCUAUGCGUUUGAGGGGACUGGCUCCUCGGCGGGAUCCCUCAGCUCGCUGGGUUCAGCCACGUCGGACAUGGACCAGAGCUAUGACUACCUUGCAGACUGGGGACCUCACUUUAAACAGCUUGCAGGCAUGUACUCUUCCCAUAGAACUGGGGGGGAUUAAGCACUCUUCAAAAUAUUCUUUUUUUUCUAAGUCUCAGCAACUAAACACAACUGCGGAUUUUUAAAAGAGAGAUCAUCCUACAUUAAAACAUGACAAAUAAGAGCCCAAGAGUUAUAAUAUGGAAAGUUCUGGAUGUGGAAACCUCUUGAAAGGAUAAAACACAUGAGGGGUGCUUCCACAUGAAGGGAUGGAGGGUUAUAAUUAUGGUUAUCUAAGUGCUUAAAUACAAACUAUGCUGCUUUGGAUAUCUAGAGCCUCUUCUGGAUACUGAAAAUCUGGAUCUUGCUUUUACUAUAGGAGGAAUAGAAGCCAUAAAUGGAUGUUGUAAACAUUCUGUCAUCCAUAAGCUUUAAAUGGUUUCCAAAGCUGACAGACUUUUGCUGUUGCAGUUGAAUACAUGCAUUAACCAAAGUUAAACAUGCAUAUUUGUAUAAUGCUUCAUUAUAUAAAUAUAAUUGUAUGAAAAAAUAGACCCUAGAUAUUCUAAUACUGUUGUCAGAAUUAAAUCAUCUAUUUAUUGUUCUUAAGAUGAUAAAACUAAAACAAAUGUCUUUUCCUAUCAGUAUAAAAAUAAAAACCCAUUACAACGUCAGCAAGCAUUUGCUGCCAUUUUAGUUUUUAAUGAAGCUAUUGGAAAAUGUGUAAACCAGUAUUUAAUUUGGCAAAUAAGAUAGGAAAAAGAAUCAAUAUUUAACUUAAAUACUGCAAUCGACUACAUUAUAUAUUACUGCACUUAGAACAAAAUGCUAUUGAAAUACAGGCAUUUUUCCUUUUAUUAAGAGUUGAAAGGAUGACUGAUUUACCAGUACAGAUUUAUUUUUUUUAUUAUGGAAUAUAAAAUUAGCUGCAGUCAUCGGUUUUAUUAUAACAAUAUUAAAAAUCUUUAAAAUGCUAAACUGGUGGUUAUAAAACUUUAUGUACGACAUUAGAUAAUAAGAUAAUAAAAUGCUUUAAAUGUUAAUCCACUUUGACAAUGAUCCUGAAUCAUUCUUAAGACUCAAGUAAGAUUUCAAAAUUAAUCUCACACAGUAUUUUUUUUCAAUCGUUCCAUAACAAAUAUAGAGCUAUCUUAAAAGAUUUCUUUGCUUAUACCACUACCCAGCAGCAAUUUUGGAAUUAGAUCAUCAAAUGUUUUCAAAAUGGUAUGUCUGGAAAAAACAACCGACCUGUAUUUUAAUCACCUCUCUUUCACUGAGUGCUCAUUUUACAGAAAUUAUAUCCUGCAAUCAACUGAUUCAAUCCCCUAAAAGCUGGCAUCAUGAUAAACCAAAUUAUGCAAAAUAUUUCUCUCUGUUUUCCUUUAUUUUUUUUUCUUCUUUUUCUAAGUAAGAUUUUAGGUAAAUGAAGCUGAAUUACAGAGUCAGGAAAACUAAUACAAGGAAGAAACAAAGAGAUAAACCAGUCCCAAAAACAAAUUCUGCAAUGUUUACUACAAUUGGCCUUCACUGAAGAAAACCAAGGUAUGUAGGCUAAGUGGAAAAGUGCCAGGGCAGAGUUUAAAUUCCUGGUAACUAAAAAUAAAACAUGGAGGUGUUUGAAAAUCUGGAGAGAUUUUCAGUGUGAGAUCAAGUAAGCACAGAAAUAUUGUUCAUUAUAUUCAUAACUGGAAAAUUAUGGGUAGGGGUUAAGGGGGCAGGGUGGCCAUCUGAGCAGGUACAGAUGAAGCAGCACCUGCUCCAUAAGAAAAAAAGAUUCUUGCCAGUCUCAUGGUGGGUUGCCAGUGUGAAUGAGCAGCUACAAAUGAGCUUUAAAAGACGCACAAGUAAAAACAUUGUGUUAAUGACUCUAACCUUUUAUGCCAAUGGCAUUCAAACCGAUGUGGCAAAAUUACUUUUAUUUGAGAAAAUAUUUUGCAUAUUAAUAAUUUUCUCCAUGGAAAGACCAGAGAAAGAGAGAACAACUAUUCACCACUGGUUGUUGACAAUAGUGAAAACUACAUGUUUAGGAUUAGGUCAUAGAUUUAUAUGGGUUAUACCCUAAACAAAUCCUUAUUCCACAGAUGGUCCCAGUGGCUUUAAGAGAGUUCUUUGUGCUUUCAGGUUGUAUUUAGUACAAAAAGGAUAACAGUGUCUGAUCCUUUCUCAAUCCAGAGAUUUUGUCCAUUUAUGAGGGAAAAUAGCCUUGAACACUAAACCAUUGUGUUUAUAAUACCUCUGUGAGGUAUUUUAACAAUAAAUAAUUUUUGUAAGCAGUGCAUACCACUACCAUAGUUUUUGUAACCCAUGUAGGACAUUGUGAGUAAUUUCUAUGUGAAAAAGAAUAAUGGUCUACAAUGGAUCUUAAAUGAUCUUUAUCUGAAAAAGAUCAUGUUGGCAUAACAGAGAAAGGGCAUGUUUUACUCUGAAACAAGUAUUUAUUCCUAGCUGUUACAGGACCACACCUUAUUAGGUUCCUGGUAUUCAACCUAAGCCAACCUUGUCAAUUUAUUUCCACAUGUGAGAAAAGAACAACUGAACUUAUCUAGGAACUUCAUACUUUCUUUAAGUUUGCUGAACAAUGUGCAGAGAAAGACUUUUUAGAAUUUUCUUCUUAUGCGAAGGAAGUAAACAUUCUAAGAAAAAAAAAUCAUAUAAGAGAUCGCAACCAUUAGUAAUAUUUUGGAGUUUUAAUUUGGAGGUUUCGAUCAUUAAAUAUAUUAAACUGUGGCAUGGUUUUCCAAAUCGAAUCUUCCAUUAUCCUUAUUUUUCAAAAUUUGAUUACUAGCUAGAAUUCACUAUGUUAUUGGCUGAACUGAAGAGGGCAAGUAUGGUGACAGAUGAUACAUAAAUAUUCAAAUGUUCAUGACCUGCCCAAGGGAAUAUAAGGGAAUAUUUGCUGGUGAAGGAAGUAUGAUCAUAGACACGACUUUUCUAUA